AUGGCCGCUCGUCUGACACAAAUCGCAUCCCACCUCGCCAGACAGCCUAUCGCUGCCACAACAGCUGCGGCAACUGCGACUGCGCUCGCGACCAAGAUUGGAAUCAAGUCGCCCGACGAUGUUGUCAUUAUCGAUGCUGUCCGUACCCCAUUGACACGCGGCAAGAAAGGAGGCUUCAAAGAUACCGUGCCCGAGGAUCUCCUGGCAGCGGUCCUGAUCGCGAUCAAAGACCGCACAAAGAUCGACCCCUCCAUCGUUGACGACAUUUGUGUCGGCACCGUUCUCCAAGCCUCCGGCGGCUCAACCGUCUCCCGCCAGGCGGCUCUCUAUGCAGGUUACCCUGAAAAGACUUCCAUCUACACCACCAACCGCCAAUGCUCCUCCGGUCUUCAGGCGGUUGUCAACAUUGCGGCGCAUAUCCAGGCGGGGUUGAUUGAUGUUGGAAUCGGUGCAGGAGUGGAGAGUAUGACGAUGGGGUAUGGACCUUCGGCGAUGGCGCCCCGGACUUCGGAGAUUAUCCCGGCGGCGAGUCAGGCUGCUGCUGAUUGUAACUUGCCUAUGGGAAUCACUUCAGAGAACGUAGCAAGCGACUAUAACAUCGACCGCAAGCGCCAAGACGCAUUCUCAGCCCGUUCCUUCCAAAAGGCCGCAAAGGCUCAAAAGGAAGGAAAAUUUGACAGCGAAAUCAUCCCCGUCCAGACCACGAUCCUCGACGCCGACGGCAAACCCCAGUCCAUCACCGUCGCCCACGAUGAUGGCGUCCGAGAUGGUGUCACGGAAGAGUCUCUCUCAAAGCUAAAGCCAGCGUUUGGAGGGCUCACGACAGCGGGGACUGCGUCCCAGGUCUCGGAUGGCGCCGCGGCGGUGCUGUUGAUGAAACGCAAGACUGCUCAGCGUUUGGGGUUGCCAAUCUUGGGCAAGUAUGUCGCCUCAGCUGUUCAGGGCGUGCCUCCCAGAAUUAUGGGAGUUGGCCCAGCGGUUGCUAUCCCAGCGGUCUGUGAAAAGGCUGGUGUGGCGAUUCAAGACAUUGAUGUGUUUGAGCUCAAUGAGGCCUUUGCUUCUCAGGCCGUCUAUGUCAUCGAAACCUUGGGUCUGGACGAGAAUAAGAUCAACCUGAACGGCGGCGCCAUCGCCAUCGGACACCCUCUGGGAUGCACUGGUGCACGUCAGAUUGCGACGCUCUUUCCGAUUUUGAAGAGCCAGAACAAGAGACUUGGAUUGACGACCAUGUGUAUCGGCUCUGGCAUGGGCAUGGCUGCCAUCUUUGAGCGCGAGUAA